AUGGAGUCGUUUCUACCGCUGGGUGGCUUUCAGCUGCCCUUUCAGAAACGCCUCAGCAGACUGUACAACGACACUAAGAAGUCAACCGACUUUGUCAAAGAGCCAAUUCAAAAUGAGGAAGAUCCGGAAAUCAAGGCCCUACAUCGAAAACUCCGCAUUCAGAAAGAUCGUCUAGUGAGCUGGGGUCUCGAAUGGUCUGAUCCCACUCAGUCUGUUGAGAUCGACGAGUCUCUAUCAAAAGCUGGGUUGAGUGAGGUUGUUGGAAGUAUAAUGUCCACCAUCAAGGACAUCCUAGCAGAAGCUGAACCUCUUUGGUUAAGCUCCAAGCGCAUGAUUUCAGCACCUGCUACUUCAAAAGAUACGAAGCCGCCGCUGGUUCAAUGGGAUAAGAACCAUUUUGAGGAUUUGGUUAAUGACCUCACUGCUUCGAUUGAUACGCUCUACGAUCUGUCGCGGACAAGGGCAGCAGCUGGCGGAGUUCCAAGACGAUCAUCGAAAACGCCGUUCAAGUCCAUGUCGUCUACCGAGGAGUACAGACCAUUCGAGUCAAGUCGCAUGCAAACGCCUCAGCAAAUUAACCCCCAGACUCUAACUCAUCUGCGCCCCAAGCAAGGUGAUGAGGCUUCUACUCCCCGAGAAGUGGUGUUUAUGAGCAAGACAGCUUAUUCAGAACUCACACAUGGAACGACGCGCCAACCAUGGGCCCCUCUGCUUCUGGAAUAUGCAACCUUUGACUCGAUUUACGCCGUGACGGGCAUCAUGCCUCCCAUGGCUCGCUUCGAGAAGCUAUCCGCCGGUCUGCAGCAAGAUUCCCAACGAUCUCCUGGUACAUGGACUGGACUACCUCGUCUUCUCGGAUACUUCGAAGACCUGGAGAACUCGAGACUUGGUCUUGUCUAUCGAUUUCCUCCCUCAUUCAAUGCCGUCUCAUUCGAGCGCCUCACAAAGAAUCCUUCCUAUAACCUCCCGACUUUGAAAGAUCUCCUCUCAGUUCCAGGAUCAGAGCCUAAGCUUGAGGCUAAGUUCAGACUUGCUCACAAUCUGAUGAACACUGUUUUCGACCUACAUGCUCGCGGCAUCACCCAUGGCAACAUUGCCCCUACCACAGUCUCGUUCUGCGAUGCAGUCACCUCGCAACCUGGUGCUACCAACGGCGAGGUGGACAUUCGACGCCCUCUCCUUUCUUCUUUCGAUCUCUUUCCUGAAGAUACCCCCUCAAUGUCACCAAUUCUGUCCCGUCAUCCGCUUGAUCCACGCAAUCUCCAAUCUUCACAUCUUGUCAGCAAUCCUGACCAGAGAGUUCUCGAUCUGUAUUCCUUAGCCACUUUAUUACUCUCAGUUGGCUUGUGGAAGACACUUGAGGAUAUUGUGCCUGAGGGAUCCACUUCUAUCCCUGACUCGGCUCUGGAAGAGCUUGCUGUUCGAUGCGGCAGCUUAUACAUGAAGGCUGUUCAGGUUUGUUGGACAGCUGUCGAUGAUGAGCUUGCCGGGCGAUCUUCUGGUGAAUCAUUGCUCUCGUCGGUUCAGGUACGAUGCAGCCGUUUUUUGGAGGCCUGCUGUAUAUUGGACGGUGUCAGCGGCCUGGAGGAGAGGCUCGAUCAAGAGCUCAACCCGUCCCAGACACAAGCGCCUACCGUCGAUGUAGCCCCUAUGAAGACGAACAACGAUGUAAAGGAUGCCAAAGACUUCAAGCCACCACUAAAAGCUGCAAGCGAGAAGCCAAUGGCAGCGUCAGCGCCCAACUUGGGAACAGAAAAGAGUGCUCCCAAGUUUGAGGCAGUCGCUGAUCAGGAUGGUAUGCCGCAAUGUUCGGAUCCAUAUGUUCAUGUCAAUACUAACUUGUUCCCAGAUGCCCUUGACAAGCAGUCAGAAACAAAGAUGCGUUUAUAUCCCCAUGUACCGCUAGCACCAGAAGUCGUGGAGAAGUGGAACAAGACCCUCAUGCCCCAGAUCAACCACGCUCUUCGUCACUUUUACCGCAAGCACCCCGAAUCGGUCGAGAUCUCCCUUGAGUCUGUAGGCCCAAGCCCUCAGAAGACCCAACCCACAGUACUUGUUGUGUGUACAUCUGUUGGCAAAGUCCGUGCUAUUCUCAAGAAGAGGCUCGGUGAUCUCUUCGAUGGAAGCAGCGGCUUCGGGCUCAAGGUUUGCCGUGGACAUGUUCUACGAUCUCGCCGACAGCCGAAUUCGGUCCUAAGAUCUAUGGCCCGAAGAAGCGGCAAGGGAUCCGGCCUAGAGUCUGACGAUGUUGAGGCCAUCAACCCAGAGUAUCAGGAGCGUCCAGGGAAUGGCGCCAGUAUUGGGGCAUGGAUUGGUGAUCGGCAUCUACCCCCCGUUAGCCUGGGAGGCCUCGUCAUGGUUGACGACAAGCCUUACGGAAUGACAGUGCACCACAUGCUCGAUGAUCCAGACCGGGACUUUGGGCCCAGUGAUACUCUUCGGUGCAGUGCCCUGCCUGAUAUGGACUGGUACGAGCAAUCCGGUGACGACAGCACUGUCGAUGAUGAGUUUGGCUAUGAGCUGUCUGAUACUGAAUCAGAAGCCUACUCGGAUUCCGAUAUCACUAGUGACUAUGAGGAUGACGAAGACGAUGAGGAUGACGAGGAGUAUAAUGAGCCUGGAGAUAUCCCUGGCAUUGAGCCAGGAUGUGGUGAUGGCUACAUCGUCACACAGCCGGCUCUCGAUGAUGUCGACGAAGGGUUCUACCCUGACCCAGAGACCCAAGACGAGGAUCACCUCGACACAUACAGUGUCGGGGAGGUGUAUGCUUCAAGUGGUAUCCGCAGGAAGGAGGCCCUUGGGCUCGUGCAUGAGGUUGACUGGGCUCUCUUCGAAUUCGCUCACGAUAGACUGCCUGAUGACAACACCAUGCCUCGCAUUGAUGGCAAAUCGCUUGCACAAAAGUCUGAAGGAAAGCAGACAGCUGGAUCGCCUGUGUUGAGACCAACGAUCGUCGCUCCUUCAGAAUCCUUGCCAAACAUGGAGGUGCAGUGCAUGGCUCGAACGAGUGGCUUGCAGACUGGCAAGAUCCUCCCCGCUCUGACAAGCGUAAAGAUCUACGGCCGUGUUUCACCAAGCCACGCCUACCAAGUCACCAGCGCUGACGCACCAGAAGAGGGGCAUCAGAAUAAGAAUGUUCCUCUAGGUAUCCCUGGUGACAGCGGUGCUUGGAUCGUCAGCCGUGACGAGGGCCAACUUUGCGGACAUGUCCUGGCCUGGAGUCAGCGCAAGCGUGUUGCGUACAUCUGCCCCAUGGACGUCCUCCUCUGGGAUAUCGCAGAGACCCUGGAAGCUCACGAAGUAAAGCUUCCGGGAGGACAGGCCAUAAUGACUCUCAACAGGUCAGAGACUCGCAGUGCCUCUAAGAAGCAAGAGGCAUCUAAUCUCGAGUUUCAUGACGACGAUGAUCUAUCAGACUUGGUGGAAGAGGAGGAAGAUUUGCCCCCUCAACUAGUGAUGUCCCCUGAUCCAGUCAGAGACACCCCCAGCAUGAGAAAGUCACCCGUCUCGAACUGCAGUGGCGUCAGUGAUCGGAGCUCCUCAAGCCCCAUCCGACUGGAUACAUCAAGUGACCUCAGUGGAAUCUCGAACCGAUUUGAAGAGAUGAGUAUGAGUGGUAGUUUCGGAAUAGGAGUUAGCGGUUGA